AUGCAAACUUGCCUGCGCCCAAACCGCGCAAGAUAUUUAGGUCAUACACUUCGUCUUAUUCCGGGCACCUCGAUCAUCUCGUCAUGGAAACUUAUAGGUUUUCGUUCACGAAACUUUGGGCCCCCUCCCUCCAUCGACAGCGUGGCGACCUUGUUGGUUCGAAGUUGGAACGUCGCGCGACCAGUUCCCGUACCAUACGAGGAGAAGAGGAACCCAUCGCGCUGGGUUUCAGAAUUGGAAAAAUUUCUUCCUUCGGAAUUACGUGAGAAUACGAAAGAGGACGAGUGUCCGGAAGAAAGCCCGGAGGAGGAGAAAUGCCUGGCUCUCCUAGACCUUUUGGAUCACGCUCGAAGCCCGGACUCACUUGGGUAUGAUUUGUUGGCAUACCUUGGUGUCAAACUUGGAAGGUGGUCCGCGUUUUACGCAAUAGUCAACAGACUGCUUGACAAUGCCGAGGAAGCUGAGAAGCCGUUCGCGACCCUACGGAAGGGUUCCCUUCCGUCAAACAUCGAUUGGGCAAGCUUCGGAUCCUUCGACACGAUGACAGGUGACGAAUGUGCGAAGCUCCAGGCUCCCCAGAUCUUGCAAAGUGAAGGACAAAUGUCGUUAGACUUGAUUGAUUUGUACAAUGAUGGACCGCGGGUUACAAGCAGGAUGGGAGAGAAAUUCACUCGAAUAGGAACAAUGGAGGAACUGUGGCCUAGUUUGGGAAGCAUAGUACUCGAUGCAGCUGAUCUGCCGCUGGAGGAAUCGCGGACUGCCAUGUUUUAUUUCUACAGGAUUGUUGCCCGCUUGCAUCACCUAGAUUACAUCCCACAUGGGGUAUACAAACGCGCUAGGUCUCACGUUGGGGAUCAGUUGAAUCGUGGCACACCUGCCAUGCAUCUUCUAUCAUCCCACAUCAUGAACGUUCUAUCUGAUGCUGUUUGGAUAGGCAACGAGGUUGAUACUGCAGCGUCUGCGCUAGCGACUGGCAAAGAUGUAUCAGCAACAACCAAGUACAAAAUGCAAGUCCGACCGCUUGGCCCCGAAAUUUGGUUGGAGUUUAUCUUGUGGUGCUGUGUAGAAGGAGGGUUCAAUAUCGAAGGUUCCUGGAUAUUGAAACAGUUAGCAACUAAAAAGAGACGAUGGAUUGUUGAGAGUUUUUCCGGCCAUUCCAUCCAUUUAUAUUCGAUCACUGCAUCCAAAAUCGACCGAUAUGAUACCUGGGCUAGCUGCGCACACGGGUCUAAAAGUGCAGAUGUCAGUGAAUCAGAGGGCCCCUUUGUAGGCCUGGGCAAGCGGACCAUAAGCAGUGAAGUAGUCACUUCAAUGAUUGAUGGUCUUAAUAACAGUGUCAAGGCAGGCGUCGGACAUCGGGGCGUUUAUUAUACCUCCGUUCUUGAUUACAUGAAGUCUCUAAUGGAGCUUUUGAAGGAAAAUAAUGUUUAUUUAAAGCCGCGAGACAUGGACCACCUCAUCGUUCGCACGAUCGAAGCUCGAGGGGUGGUACCGGAGGUUGACCCGAAGUCUUUGGAGGAUUUGUUGAAUCUUGUUUCAUACAUUCCCAACCUUUCUGAGGAAUCAUCAGAAGCAAUCGCCCAUUCCCACCCACUUGACAAGUCAGGGGUCGUCUUAGGUCUGAACCAUUAUGUACUGGAUUCGUAUGCCCAUACAGAACAUGUCCACAAAGCCCGUGGCCUCUUGGACAAACUCAACGCUACCAAUCGCUCCAAAAAAAAAUUCAUCGAACAUCAACCCCUUUUGGAGCCCAAUGAAAACCCGAAAGGGAAUUUGAUACUUGGCACAGGCACGACACAAGCAGUGCCACGAGAGCCAUCUUCGAUCCCAGAGCGAAAUACGGCAUCCUUUACAGGAUUCUCGAGUUCAUCCCUCUCACAAUUGCUCACCCUUUCAGUCUCGCCAGGACCGCAAGAUUUUGCAUCUCAGCUACUUUUUGCUGACGGAGAUGAACGCUCCAUUAUUCCACGGGAAUGUUACUCGGACGAUCUCCUUGCACCUGCAAUAAUUAGAUACGCAACUUCCAUUAAAAACGAAAAGCUGCUUAGCGCGGUUGCGGAGGAGCUACCACUUCCGUGGUCAAUUCCUGUUAUAAAAGCAUUUUUCGGCUAUGCUAUCCAGCACCAUGACUGGGAUCGAAUAAAUGAAAUUCUUCUCCACCUUCAAACUAACGGGGACGGUUGGGGCCCUGAUGAGGUUGCUUCUUUAGCAGCAGCGAUAAUACGACUGGAUAGCGCCUGCAGCACUGGUGGAAACGAAGAAACCCCGGAACAAGGCCAACCAAACCCUUUGGUAAAAUCUGGGGAAAUUCUAGCCAAAUUAUUACAGGGAGAAUUCAACCCAAAGCCUAACUAUUCCACAGGGGAUACAAAGUACCAUGAAGCGAUUCUUUUCCAAUUCUUAAGAAUAUUCAAAUCAAUCCGGGGUACCUUAUCCGAUGUAUGCGAGAAGGUAAAACCACAGUGGAAAGCUAGCCAACCUCCCGCAGUUACAAUCCCCAGCUCUGCCUUCAAUCAAAUCCUGUCUGCCAUCGUGGACACAAGGGGAAGUGAAUCCGGAAUACAACUGUACCGUCUCUGGUGCGUCGAUAGACGUUCCUCCAACACCCAGCUAGGCGGGAACGUUGCGCUUCGCUCUAUGGCACGAACCCCCGAACACCUCCGUGGGAUAGGACAAAAAGUGGUAGAUGUUCAAUUGGGCCAUGAUGGGUAUUCCAAAUUCAUCCUGCCGUCUCUGCAGACAGUACGAAUCAUUGCGCAAGCAGUAGUCCGCGAGGUUCAUUCGUCGGAAUCCAGUGGUAGGAACUAUGAUGCGAGUGGAUACGUCGAUGGGGCCAAGCAAGAUAUCUUCGUCUGGGUCAGGGAACGUUUUUCGUUAUUCAAGUUGCAGCAGGAAGAUAUUAUCGAUGAGUUGCGAAAUUGUUGGAUCAACGCGGCGCUAGAGGGUGCGCUGGAAAGAAAGGAAGAGACCCAUUCUUCAUCAUCAGUAGCCAGCUUGGAGAAAACCGGAAAUUACAAACCUCCUAAAAUCCACCGUGGCCGAGGAUAA